AUGCGGCGAACGAGUUCCACGGUUGUGUUCUCAGCGGCGAUGCCGCCGACUUCACGGGUGGCAAGCUCCGUCUCUGCGUCCUCCGGCGAGGAUGAGGUGAAGAACACUCGGCCGGGCGAGAAGGGCACCGAAGUGACCGAAGACUUUUUGGCGAAUGAAGCGGUCCAGCCGAGGUUGUUUGAGCUGCCUCGCUGCAGCUACCGGAGCAGUCCGAUGGAACUCGUUCUGGCAGACAGGAGAAGUGGGCAUGUGAAAACGGAUGGCAGCAGUGAGAGUGGCCAGCUGAACAACACGGACUUCCCGCUCUCCUACAGCUCCCGCGGCCUGGGCUCCACCACCUACACGGACGACGGCGACGACUUCGAUGCCGCGGAAGAUGACGGCAAUGUCGGAGAUGACGUGACGCAUGAGGCUGCGGUGACACCGCGAGCUGCAAGAGCCAAGUCAUCAUCCGGUCAGCGGCCAACCUCCUCUAUGGCAACUUCGGCAACCGUAACUGCCAUGGCGGCAGCAAUGCCGCCGCAGACACACGCCGAUGCUGCCGUGUUUUACCGCCCCUGCUCGUCGCUUGCCUCACCGCCUCCGUCGUGGAGUGCGAUGCGGAAGCUGCGGCGGGCGAGUGCGCCAAACACUCUGACUGGCCUGCGCAAUGGUACGGUGUCCGCCAGCAGCGAUGAGCUGCGCGGCUCUGAUCGGUGUCGGCUGUCGUCGAACUCGUAUAACAACAAUAACAACGAGGUGAACAGCUGCAGGAGACCGACAUCCACCGUUGCCACCUCUGCUGGCUUCGUCUCUUCCUCCUUCGGCGCAGCACGACCGGAGAGCACGACACUGCGUCUUGCGACUCGCGAGGGCGAGAGCAUCCAAACCUCCAACCGCCACCGCCACUGCCGUGAAGGUGGAUACUGGACCCUCGCUCCUCGACUUCGUGGGGUGAACGAGAUCCUGCUCUCCACGGGCGACUCGCGGCUCUUUCGCGAGGCCGUGGAGGCGUUGCAUGUGUGGCGCACGGCACUGCAGCUGGACCUGCACCGUAACAGCGCUGGCGGCACCUACAUGGUGCGCCUGGCAGCCACCGACCCAUCUUCCCCUGCUUUUGAGUCCGUUGGCUCGCCGCGCGAGGUGCGGUGUGUGUUUAAGCCCCGCGAUGAGGAGAUUGGGCAGGACACGAACCCGCACGGCAACUGUGAGAGCGACCGCACCGAGGCUUUCGCGCCUGGCAGCGGCAGUCGACGCGAGGUCCUCGCCUACCGCCUCGACCAUGCGCACAACGCGGGGGUACCGCCUACGAUUGAGGUGGCCUCGAACUACGCCGCUGGGGUGCCCUGCCGGGCAGCGAGUCACGGCAGUGAAGCAACAGCGGGUGCGAGGUCGGGACUGCUUGGCGAUGCCACGAUAACUCUUGCGGCCACCCCUGCAGGACUGUCUGACCUGUCGACGCGAACACUGGGCACGGUACAUGGCGGUGCGGACGGUGCGGUGAGGGGUGGCGUACACGAGCUGCAUCGCGCACAUCACACGGCGGAUGUAGAUCAGAAUUAUCACGAUAACAGAAGCAGCGGCGCCGUUACAAUUCCGCAGAUCGGCAGUUUACAGAUGUUUAUCCCGGGCUGCCAGGAAGCCGCCGACGUCCUGCCUGGGCGCUUCGACACGGACGAAGUACACGCCUUGGCCAUCUUUGAUAUCCGCACGUUGAACGGCGAUCGACACGGCGGCAAUGUUCUCGUGCAGAACUACCGUAGCAGCAGCAGCAGCGGCAGAGACCGGUGGAAUGCGAGGAGCCGAAGCAGAGGCACAUCCCAGAAGCGCAGCGAGCCGAUCCCGCACCUUGUUCCGAUCGAUCACAGCUACAUCUGUCCGAGCGGGUACGCCGAUCCAGACUACGAGUGGCUGUCGUGGCCGCAGACGAAGAAGCCAUUUUCGCCGUCCAACCUUCGGUACAUCGCCGCGUUGGAUGCAGUGGCAGAUGCAGAACUGGUGCGUUCCGCACUGCUCGCCCACAGCAAUGCAGUGCCAUACGGCAACAACGGCGGUGCAGACCCUUUCGACGUCAGCGCCUACACCUUGGUGCGCGCGGACGGCGACGUCGACCCGGCGUGGGCGACAUCCUUUAUGCGUCGCAGCGAGUGUACGAGUGCGCAGGAACGCGGCGUGGCGCACGACGCGUACUUCUGCCGGCCGAAUGCAAGCUGUCCUGCAAUGUCGCCCCUCCAAGGACUUUGCUGCGACAGCUUCAACGAGCUCACCAUCUAUUCCCCGGUGCGGAGACCCAACCACGGCGGUAACGGUAAUAGUCAUUGCGCCGCUGCUGCUGCUGCCGCGGAUGACUUCGAUGCGAAACAGGGAUUCUCGCCGACCGCGCUGCCGGGCCACCGUGACGACGACGCAGGUGCGUGGGACCAGUGGGAGAUCGCCACGACGCAGCUGCUGGACGUGUGUGACGGCGUGGCGCACCCACGCGACGAUGGCAGGGCCGCAGAAGAAGAUGACGCCGGCGCGCACUGGGGCACAAAGCGCAGCAGCUGUCCGAUGCGUACGCCGCCCAUGUCCACCUCCCCUACGAUUUCCUUUCCCGCGUACGGGGGCGGCGUUGUCGAGGCUCAUCAAACUGAAGCUGUCAACGCAGUCACGUACGACAGCGGAGCCGCGGACGCGGCGGCGGAGGUGGUGCGCUGCACAACGCGGCUGCUGCAGAUUGCGGCGCUGGAGUUUCACAUGACGGCGUACGAAAUUGGAUCACUGUGUCGUCGUCCGCGUGUGGCGCAGGCUUCCUUCUUGGAGGAAGUGAUGGAGGAGGCUCGUGAUGAGUUCUCGUGGGAGGUGGCGCCGCCGUCCUUCGACCUCCUCGUUCGCCAGCGACUUGCUGCUGCUGGUUCUGACGCUGCUGCUGCUGCUGCGCUGACGGAGAGGCAAACGUGCGGUGCGUAA